CGGUUCCCGCCCCCCCCGCCCCCCCCCACCCCAGCGGCUGCAAACGGAGCCCGGCAAGAUGGCGGCGCCCCUGGACAUGGAGCCGUCAGCGCUCAGCCUGGAGCUGCUGCCCACCGACCCGCUGCUGCUCAUCCUCAGCUUCCUCGACUACCGGGAUCUCAUGAGCUGCUGCUGUUUAAGUCGAAGAUUAAAUCAGCUAUCAAGCCAUGAUCCAUUGUGGAAAAGACACUGCAAGAAAUACUGGCUUAUUUCAGAAGAGGAAAAACGUAAACGAAAUCAGAGCUGGAAAGCUGUCUUCAUCAGUACCUACUCUGACCUGGGGAGAUACAUCCGAUAUUAUGCUACGCUGAAGAAAGCCUGGGAUGACCUGGAGAAAUACUUGGGCCAGCGGUGUCCUCGGAUGAUCGGCUCUCUGAAAGAGAGUGUGCGAGAAGAAGAUCUUGAUGCUGUGGAAGCACAAAUAGGCUGCAAACUCCCUGACGACUAUCGGUGUUCGUUUCGUAUUCAUAAUGGACAGAAGCUCGUUGUUCCUGGGUUGAUGGGAAGCAUGGCGCUGUCGAACCACUACCGCUCUGAGGACUUGUUGGACAUCGACACGGCGGCUGGCGGGUUCCAGCAGCGGCUGGGGCUGAAGCAAUGCCUUCCCCUGACCUUCUGCAUCCACACCGGCCUCAGCCAGUACAUGGCCCUGGAGAGCGUGGAGGGGCGAAAUAAAUACGAGAUCUUCUAUCAGUGUCCAGACCAAAUGGCUCGCAAUCCAUCUGCUAUUGAUAUGUUCAUCACAGGUACAUCUUACUUGGAAUGGUUUACAUCCUAUGUAAACAAAGUUGUAACUGGUGAUUACCCCAUCAUCAGAGACCAGAUUUUCAGGUAUGUGCAUGAUAAAGAAUGUGUUGCUACCACAGGAGAUAUCACUGUUUCUGUGUCCACAUCUUUUCUGCCUGAACUCAGUUCGGUACAUCCACCACAUUAUUUCUUCACUUACAGAAUCAGAAUUGAAAUGUCCAAAGAUGCUCUUCCUGAGAAGGCCUGUCAGCUGGACAGUCGAUACUGGAGAAUAACAAAUGCCAAAGGUGAUGUAGAUGAAGUUCAGGGCCCUGGAGUAGUUGGGGAGUUUCCAAUUAUCAGUCCAGGGAGAGUCUAUGAAUAUAGCAGCUGUACUACAUUUUCCACAACGUCUGGAUACAUGGAGGGUUAUUACACCUUUCAUUGCCUCUACUACAAGGACAAAUUCUUUAACGUCACCAUUCCCAGAUUUCAUAUGGUGUGUCCAACAUUCAAGGUGUCCACAGCACGAAUGGAAACAAAUCAUAAUGAAUAUGCAGUGGAUGAAGACGAAGAUUCCACAGACACUGAUGAAUACGAAGAUCGACGUCGAGUGUUGGACAUCCCUGCACCCCCUGGGCGCUGCCCACGUCACACCUGACGGGCUUUUCUUCCGAAACAAAACAAACUGUUUCCAGCAGCUGAACUCUUUGGGGCUAGUGCAUAAGAAUAUUUCUGACUGUUGUAAAUGAACCUCCUGUUGCACAUCAGGGCAACUAGCAUGAAUGUCGGUGCCAGUUCUAAUAUUCAUCAGAGCAUAAUUUCUUUCUUUGUUCUGGUUUGGAAGGGGGGUGAGGGCUUGGGUAGGUGGGGGGGAGAGGAAGAGAAAAAGGUGUUUGGACUUUGUUCACUUUUUUUUCCAAAGUGCAAAAAAAAAGCUUGUUAGUCCCAGGUACUCAUAUCUUACAUUUUUAAACUAUCGCCUAUUUAUGGUCAUAUUGCAAAAAUGGUGUGGGGGUUUGUUUUUAUACAAGCAUUUAAAAUUAGCAAUAGAGAAGAAGGCAAAAAAGGUGGAUGCUGUGUCCUUUCUCAUGAGUUUCUACUCUUGAUAACUCCUGCUAAGAAUGAAACCUGCAGUUUGGUUUGUCUAUCCCAUUGGAGUGAGAUCAGGUGCUCUUACGCCCUUUUUUAUUAACAUAGAAGUGCCAGAAAAUUGUGGUCAUCAAGUGUGUGAAUUUGGAGUGAAACUGGCCUUAUUUUUUGACAAUCUGUCUUUCAGCUUAAUUUUAUGCUGUGACUCUGAUCGGAAUGUUGUGUACGUGCAUCAUCUGCCACUCAGUCACCAAGAAAUUUCUCAGUGGCUACAAAGUAUGAAUUUGUAAAUACGUUUUGAUUUUAUUUUUUCUUUCUUUACAUGAUGUUUGCUGUUCAGACUUGGCCAUAGGUGACAAAUUCAAGUAUCAUGUUUCCCUAAAUCCUCCCUGGAUUUUGGUAACUACGCCUGAAUAAAAAAAACUAAAGCAAAAACAAAACCGGGAGCCUGACAGAACACCAGAUGACUAGAAACUUUAUAUUUAAAGAAUGUUUGCUUUAUCACUUUUAUUUUGUUUCCGUUGUCAUUAAUAAACAACUUGACUGCC